GUGAAUAAAAAUGGCUUUUCAAACGAAAUAAUGAAUUAAAAUUUGCAAAAAUAAAUAAAAUUUCAACAGAAAUAUGCAUUUGGAAAGGACUACUUCCGGCACAAUUGUAAAAGUUGAAGCAAUAAUUUCGAAAUACGAAAAAACGGGAUACUAAAUAAAAAAGGCUAACAAGCGCUGGGGCGACGUUUUGCAGAAUAUAAAGAAAAUGUUUACAAAGAGAAUAACAUUUAUGUUAAUAAUUUCGGUGCUGAAUGUUUGUGGUUCCGAUGUGCAGGAAAAUGGCCUAAGUUUUGCUGCGCUAACAGAGAAUACAGCAAAGACGCACAAUGAGGAGAUACCAGCCGGCAUAUGUCAAGUCUAUUACGGCACAGUAUGUGAGAAGUACUUAAAGAACCAAAGCGUCUUCGUACCGCCAAAUCUGUCACUCAACGAAAUCGAAGAGCGUUUAAAAGCAGCCUAUGGUGUUAUAAAGGAAUCCAAGGAUAUGAAUCCGAACUGCCGCGUAUACGCACUGCCAAGCCUUUGUUUCAGUUCACUGCCACUCUGCCGCACGCCGGAACGCACAAACUUACUCUACUUCUCCAAUCGCGCCGCACAAAAGGAACGCAAAUCGAAAAAGAAUAAUGCCACACACGAGACAAGUGCCAGCACUGAAAAUCAUUUAACCGGCUAUCGACGACCGCGUUUUCUCGACAAAAAAGAUCGACGUUCGUUUCUGAAACGUAAAUCGACCAUAGCUUACGAUGAUGUCUUCUCCGCAGAGAUUUCAAGUCAAUAUCCACCAACAAGAGAAUCGGAAAAUUUACGCCGCAUUUGUCGUGACGAAUGCGAAUUGCUGGAGAAUGAGUUGUGUCAGAAGGAGUAUGCCAUUGCCAAAAGGCAUCCGGUUUUGGGACAAAAACUACCAUUGGAAGAAUGUCAAAGUUUGCCACGUUCAAAUGAUUGCUCAUCGUUGGGCAUCACCAUCGAUGUAAAUCCCGAACAGGAUUGUUAUUGGGAGAAUGGUGCUGGUUACCGUGGCACAUUGGCGUGGUCGAGCACCGGCAAAACAUGUCUGCGUUGGUCUUGGCUAAUGAAGGAGAUCUCAGACUUUCCAGAAUUGGCGGGACAAAAUUAUUGCCGCAAUCCCGGCAAUGUGGAGGAGCGACCUUGGUGUUUUGUGGAUGACAAAUCGUUUGAGAAAAUUAUCGAAUUAUGUGAUAUACCAAAAUGUGCGGAUAAAAUGUGGUUCUACAUCUUUGUGACAAUUGGCACUGUAAUUGGUUGUGUUAUAUUUUAUAUGGUCUACGUGUGUGUGAAGAAGCGACGCGAGGGCGGUAUGACGAAUAUACAAAAUAUCAACACACCAAAUGCGGAUAAGAAUAUUUAUGGCAACUCACAAGUGAACUCAUCAUUGGAAAUGACACGUCUGAAUAGCAAUACAACGAAUGAGCAGCAGCCCUCUAUGUUUUCACAAAAUCUCGAGAGAAGCUCAUUGCUGCGAGUGCCACAGUACACACUGCAAGAUAUGGAAUUUGUUGAGGAAUUGGGCGAGGGUGCAUUUGGCAAAGUAUAUAAGGGUCAGCUGACACAAAUGAAUGGCGAGAAAAUAUUCGUGGCGGUUAAGGCGUUAAAAGAGAAUGCCUCACUCAAAACGCAACAGGAUUUUCGACGUGAAAUCGAAUUGAUCUCCGACUUGAAACACGACAAUAUCGUUUGCAUUUUGGGUGUGGUGCUGAACAAGGAGCCCUACUGUAUGCUCUUCGAGUAUAUGUCGAAUGGCGAUCUGCACGAGUUUCUCAUCGCCAAUUCACCGAGUGAAAAUAAGUCGCUAACACAGUUGGAAUUCCUGAAGAUCUCACUGCAGAUUAGUGAAGGCAUGGAGUAUUUGUCCAGUCAUCAUUAUGUGCAUCGCGAUUUGGCAGCACGAAAUUGCUUGGUUGGCGAUAAACUCACCGUAAAAAUUUCCGAUUUUGGACUCUCUAGAGAUAUUUAUAGCUCUGAUUAUUACAGGGUACAAUCGAAAUCACUAUUGCCGGUUAGAUGGAUGCCAUCUGAAUCGAUUUUAUAUGGCAAAUUUACAACUGAGAGUGACGUUUGGUCUUUCGGUGUGGUGUUAUGGGAGAUUUAUAGUUACGGCAUGCAGCCAUACUAUGGGCAUAGUAAUCAGGAGGUUAUAAAUUUAGUACGCUCACGACAAUUACUAUCGUGUCCCGAGGCAUGCCCGACAGCGGUUUAUUCGCUUAUGAUCGAAUGCUGGCAUGAGCAGUCCGUGCGAAGACCCUCCUUCUCGGAGAUCGCUCAUCGCUUGAAGGUGUGGUAUCAAGGGCAAGUCAAGCUGAACUCCACACCGACACUAACAAUAAAGGCUUCCCCGAAUACUUGAAAUUUAAUUUAACAUCAAAUAUUUGUACUCUUUUUAUUAUAAAAAUCAAGUAGUCUUUUGGUAAUAUUUGUACAUUUAUACUACGUAUACUGUAUAACACAUACGAUAUGUAAAAAAAACUACAAAAAAACAUUUCAUGCACAAGUAAGAAUUUAAAGAAGGCAAAAA